AUGGACACAUCACCACUCGGUCGCCUUGCUGGCGAACUGCGCAACAGAAUAUACGAGUAUGCGCUCCAUGAGCCGGAUGGCAUACCUUUCGCACUCGACACCAUCGAGUUGAUCUCAUCUCGUGAUGCAGAUACCAAGCUCAUUCGAGCAGAAACAUACCAGUAUCAUCGACCAGCAGCGCUCGGUGUACUACUCUCCUGCGAUUCCAUCUAUAACGAGGCACGCGGGAUCUACUACACCAUCAACUUCCUCUCACUCCGCUAUCAUCGUGGCACAACAUUCAACACCAGCGUCUUCCACGAUAAGCUGUCCAGGCCAUGCCUACAGAUCAGCUCACGGGACCUCGCAGCGGUUCGCGACGUAAAGGUCAUGUACGGAUCUAUUCUGGACAUGAGAUAUAGUAAAUCAGGACUCGAGUCCGUCGCAGUCUUCAUCAUGCGGAACAUGCCAAUCGCAAAUGUCACAUUCGUAUUUUGGUCGUGGCGAGCAGAACACUGGCGCGAGAACUACGACAAACCGCUUCCAGUCAUUCAGCUUGGCACUGACGGGCUCCAUAAGACGAAGGAGCAGCUGGAUCGCUACAGGAGUGAAAUGGCUCACCAUUGGUGGGAAGCUCGCUCGCCGGCCCGCGACUUGAAGGAGAGAGAUAUGCUUGAAAACUUCGUGGAGGCGCUGAAGGAGCUGUAG